AUGAAUAAUACUCUUAAACUUAUUCAAUUAUAUCGUUCUAAUGCCUCAAGUUCAACGAAAUUGAACAGGUUGUGCUCGUUAGUUCGACAUUAUGCCUCUGUUCCUAAGCGAUUCUAUAAAAACACUGGUAUAUUACGAUCCGAUGGCAAAUUUGAAAUUACCCUAGACCAAAGAAAACUGAAAACCCCAAAAGGCAACGUAUUCGCAAUAGAAAGUGAACCCUUGGCUUUGGCUGUUGCAAAUGAAUGGAACUCCCAAAAAGACAAGAUCUAUCAAAGUAAAAUGCAUCUCACUACAUUGUGCAACACAGCUUUGGACAAUCCCAACAAUUUAACAAAAUAUGAUAUAGUUAAUUACAUCUCCAAUUGUUUAGACACCGACACGAUUUUAUUUCAAGCUAAUGAGGAGGAAGAUUUGUUCAAACUUCAAAUUCAGGAAUGGGAUCCUGUUAUAGAAUGGUUUAACGAAAAAUAUGAUGUGCACUUAAGCAAGUCCGUGCAAAUGGACAUCCCUCCAGUUAGCGAGAAAGAUAAGGCUCAAGUAACUAAGCAUUUAAUGUCGUACAAUUUCCCAGCUGUUACAGGUUUCAUGUAUGGAGUAGAUACUUUAAAAUCUGUAAUUCUAACAUUGGCCUGUAUAGAAAGGUUUAUAAGUCCGGAAAAAGCUGUUCUGUUGUCUAGAUUAGAGGAAGAAUAUCAAACUGGUCGAUGGGGGAGAGUGGAAUGGGCGCAUGAUCUAAGCCAGCAGGAUUUACAAGCAAGAUUAUCGGCUGUAGCUCUAUUUGUGUAUUUUAAUACACAAUGUAAUAACGUACAAACGAAAGAACUUAAUAGGUAA